AUGGCUACGAUGCAGAUCCUAAUUUCUUCUAUGGAACGCAUCAAGUCAUUCUCAGAUUUCCAGGCCAAGACUUCAACAACGCCCUGGGCGUCUCAAAAGAUUCAGGCUCACUAUGACGAGGAGGCCUCAGGAAGCUCUAGCACCUGCACCUGCACCUGCACCUGCACCACCCACCACCUCACCACCCACCACCUCACCACCAUCAAAACUCAUUUACGACACCUAUUCUCCCGGUCACCCCAUCAUGCAACGCCCCCCGUUGUUGAUGUUCCAUUCACGAAGGCUAAAGAGCGUCAUGUUGCUGCGGGUGCUCCUGGCCCAGACCCAGACAUUGUACCUGAUGAAUAUCUCGAUACUGCCGAACCGGACCCUGACACGCAGCAGCAGCAGCAACCACACCAACAAGCAGUAGCAGUACAUACAGACCCUGGCGAACAUGGAGGCGGAAAGUCCUGUGUCUGCUGCUAGUAGGUUCUUGAAUGUCUCUCGAAUACUUCGGUUAUAUCGUCGAUCUUGUUAUGAUAUCUGUAUUGACUUGAAGCAGCAUUUUAUUGAUAGGUGAUUGAUUAAUCGGUACAUCCUUUAGAUUAUUUAGAGAGAUUUUCCUCCGCAACCAAUAUGAACCUUCCAUCCUGCAU